AUGGCAGUUGAUAUUAAUAUACUUGCAGCUGGCUCCGGUCUCACCGGUUUAAUAUUGUACUUUGUGACUGGAGCACAGUGGUCAUCAUGGCAUUUAUUUACGCUUCCUAUUUUUACAUUUGUGUUCAUUGUUUUCACAUCAUUGAGUAUUAAAAAACGUUUCAAAGACUCAUCAAAAUCUCAACCAUCAACGAAAAAUAAUUCUGAUGAAAAAAAUGGUAUUACCAUCAUUUUUGGUUCUCUCAAAGGAAAUAGUCGAACAUUUGCUAAAUUAACUUCUGAAAAAUUAUCAAAUGAAUUCACUCGUGAAGUUAUUCUUCAAGAUUUGAAUGAUAUUACUGAUCCAGAAGAAUUUCUUCAAAUACAAGCUAAACAGCAACGAACACUGUUAAUAUUUAUUUCAACCUAUGAAGAUGCUACACCACCACCAUCCGCUAAAUGGUUUCUACUUUAUUUACAAGAUGCAGCAAUUGAUUUUCGUUUUUCAAAAAAUGAACUGGGAAAAUUGACUUACGCUAUUUUUGGAUGUGGAAAUUCAUUAUAUAAUGAGAAUUUCAAUAAAGUAGCAACAGAAAUCGAUCGAUGUUUAUCAGAAUUAGGAGCAAAAAAACUCUUAGCAACUGAAUUAGCUGAUGAAAAUACAGGCAAAAGUAUCUACGGAGGUCUCGAAGGACACUAUUCGAAAUGGUCAUCGAAGCUCAUAUCAGCUCUCGAGUCAAAAGCUACAGGAAAAUGUGAUUGUACAGCAAAUGAAGAUUCAGCGACUACAUGUUGUAAAUCGACAUCCACGAAUGGUCAUUCAAAAGAGACGAAUGGAACGAAUGAAGUAUUAAUCGAGAGCGAUGAUGAUGACGAAGGAGGAUGUAAAGAUGGUGAGGAGGAUGUUAUGGAUUUAGAAGACAUGGGUGAUUAUAUAGAAACGUCACUACCAACUAAAGCAAAGGGCCCACCAAAAGAGAUGGUAACUCCAUUGAUACGUAAGUCAUUGGAAAAACAAGGUUAUAAAAUCAUUGGCAGUCAUUCCGGUGUAAAAUUAUGUCGAUGGACCAAAUCAAUGUUACGAGGACGUGGAGGAUGUUAUAAGCAUACAUUUUAUGGUAUUGAAAGUCAUCGUUGUAUGGAAACAACACCAAGUUUAGCAUGUGCAAAUAAAUGCGUUUUUUGUUGGAGACAUCAUACAAAUCCCGUUGGUACCUCGUGGCAAUGGAAAACUGAUGAUGCUCAAACUGUGUGUCAAGGUGCCAUAGGCAAUCAUUAUAAAAUGAUUAACACAUUUAAAGGUGUUCCUGGUGUUUUACCUAGUCGACUUGCUGAAGGAAUGCAAAUUCGUCAUUGUGCUUUAUCGCUUGUUGGCGAACCAAUUAUGUAUCCACAUAUAAAUGAAUUGAUUGACUUACUUCAUGCGAAAAAGAUCAGUUCAUUUCUUGUUACGAACGCUCAAUUUCCUGAUGAAAUCAGAGUCUUACAACCGGUUACACAAUUAUAUGUUAGUGUUGAUGCUGGAACAAAAGAAUCAUUGAAAAAAAUUGAUCGACCAUUAUUUCGGGAUUUUUGGGAACGAUAUUUAGACAGCUUACGAGCAUUAAAAGCAAAAGGUCAACGGACAGUCUACCGAUUAACUCUAGUUAAAGGUUAUAAUACUGAAGAAAUCGAACAAUAUGCUAAAUUAGUUGAACUUGGUGAUCCUGAUUUCAUUGAAGUUAAAGGUGUUACCUAUUGUGGAGAUUCGGAUGCCAGUAAUUUAACUAUGGCUAAUGUUCCAUGGCAUGAAGAAGUAGUCACGUUUGUUCGACUACUUUGUGAACGUUUACCGCAAUUUGAUUUAGCAUGUGAACAUGAACAUUCAAAUUGUCUUCUACUUGCGAAUACUAAAUUUCGUAUUGAUGAUAAAUGGCAUACAUGGAUUGAUUAUGAAAAAUUUCAUGAAUGUGUUGCUAGACAUAAGGCUACGUCGGGUGCUGAAACAUUUACUUCGUUGGAUUAUAUGGCUGUCACACCUGAUUGGGCAGUGAUUGGUUCAAAUGAACGCGGUUUCGAUCCGAUCGAUACCAGAUGGUAUCGAAAAUCUACAGCAAAGAAAAACUUGUCUGGUUGCUAA